AUGUCCUCCACUAACAUCAUGUCUCGAUCUCCCUCAUCUGCGACGCCGCAACGGCAUCAGUUUGAGCGGAAGGUUGAAGAGAUCAAGCCGUCAAAAACUGACAUCAAUUACCUGGUCAUGGACUACCUCAUUACCAAUGGCUACCCCGCCGCUGCUAGUAGAUUCGCGGUGGAAGCAAACAUCCGGCUCUGCACCGACCUUGAAUCUAUUCAGGAACGUGUUGAGAUUCGAACCUUCAUCCACUCUGGGAACAUCCAGGCUGCGAUCGAGAAAAUUAACGACCUUAACCCUCAGAUUCUGGACAAGAACCCUGCGCUGCACUUUGCGCUUCUUCGACUACAACUGGUAGAACUAAUCCGCAGCUGCAAUUCCACACCCGACGGGGACAUCAGUCCCGCGCUAGAAUUUGCGACCGCGCAAUUAGCACCACGGGCUCCCACCAAUCCACAGUUCUUAGAAGACUUGGAGCAGACUCUUGCGCUGCUGAUCUUCCCUGGCACCAGGCUGUCGCCCGCCCUCGCCAACCUCCUAGAUCCCCGUCUUCGUAAAGAAAUUGCUCAACUCGUUAACGAGGCCAUCCUCCAAAGCCAAGGCGUUCGUCAAGAAGCGCGCUUGCGCAACCUUGUCAAACUUCGAGCUUUUGCCGAGAACAAAGCCCGUCAGGCUAAGAAGGACAUCCCCGACAAGCUGGACAUUGGACUUCUUGGGGAUCGCAACGAUACUAGCCCUCCCAGUAACAUCAGUAAUGAUCCUCUCAAUAACCGCAACAGCCAAAACGGCACAAGCGACACUGUGAUGACCAACAAUGGUGAUGCUGAGCCGAUGGUUGUCUGA